GAUUGUAAAUAUGUGGAAAUGAAACAAAAUAUGUUUAAAGCGAGGGUAUAUCUAUACACAGUAAGGGCGAGACCUGCAAGCAACUGUUGGUCUCGACCCAGAGUCGUGACUUGUUUAAGAUUAUGGAAUAAUAUGCACACAAUAACAAGAUACAAGUUUGAUAUGGCAGAACAAAAAGAUGAAGUAUGUCACAUGUACAUCUGGGAGAAAAGAUCACGUUGUCCGUGGUAUCAUAAAACCGAACAUGCUGCUUUUGGAACGCCUGCAGGAACGUACAUAAGUAUACACCCUGCUUACAUUCAAAGCUUCCGACCAAAUCCUGUCAUGAUUAAACACUCUCUGAAAGAAGAUAUUGAGGAUAAACAGCAGCCAAAUCAUAUUAUUCCUCUAAUUGGCCUCAAAACAAAAGAUAUAGACGAAUGGUACAAAACGCUUGAUAAAACAAAUGGUGAAUUUGAAGAAUUGACAAAGGAUUACAGCGCACUGGCAACUGCUCUCAGCAAAGGCUCCGAUUUCUUCAAGACGUUCUUAACGGGGCACAAAACCAAAGUUGUUCCAAACAUGAUUGUUGACGAAGCCGAAAGAUAUACAAAAACAAAAAUACAGACCAGGAAGGGUUUAAACUAACAAGAGACAAACCAAGCUGAAUAUGCUGCAAAAAUGCGAGGGAAGCAAACUGGACGAAAACAAUUUAUCAUUUUGCAUAACGUAAAUAACUCAUUCAAACAUUUUAAGAUAUCUGAUGUGAGAACGGAUGUAUUGCAUCAAGUAUUAUAUUUGCAUGCCUGUGAAAUACGUUAAAAAAUAAAAACAAGUCAUAUUCACUGAUAUAUCAUGUAUGUGUUUUUCUUGUAAAUAAUGCACCUAUUAAUUUUUAGGCCAAAUAAAAAAUAGUCUGGUUCAGGUAACGUUGUUAAAAAAAGUUAGGGGGGUAGGGUUGUUGUUUUUUUUGCAUGGGCUCGACAUAUUGUUUAGAUAGUGAAUAUUUCUUCCAUCUUGUGGUAAUUGUACAUGUCUUGUGCUUGCUGCUUGCUAUAUAACCAUUUUAACCAUUUAUCCUUUGUAAUCCUAACUUCUAGACUAGCUUUUUAUGUACCCUUUGCCUUUUAGUCAAAUAAAUAUUCAUGCAAGA